AUGGAACUCAAUUGUGUUCAAUUUCUUGAAAACAAGACGAUUCUAGUCACCGGCGCUACCGGUUUCCUUGCCAAAGUUUUUGUGGAGAAAAUUCUGAGAGUGCAACCAAAUGUGAAGAAGUUGUACCUUUUGGUGCGAGCAUCAGACGACGAAGCUGCGACUAAACGCUUACGCACCGAGGUAUUUGAGAAAGAUCUUUUUAAGGUGUUGAGAGAGAAUCUUGGCGAUGAGAAGUUAAAUAGAUUGUUGUACGAUAAAGUUGUCUCAGUCCCUGGUGAUAUUGCUACUGAUGAACAAUUAGGCAUGAAUGACUCUAAUUUUAUAGAACGUAUGCAAAAAGAAAUAGAUAUUGUUGUCAAUGUUGCAGCCACGACAAAUUUUAGUAAAAGAUAUGAUGUUGGGCUUGGGAUCAACACUUUUGGAGCUCUCAAUGUCCUUCACUUUGCCAAAAAAUGUAUUAGAGCGCAACUGCUUCUCCAUGUUUCUACUGCUUAUGUUUGCGGAGAAAAGCAGGGUGUCCUACCUGAAAACCUAUUUUUCUUGGAAGAUAUUCGUAACAACGACGGUCUUCGAUUGGAUAUAAAUCUUGAAAGGGAACUGAUAAAGCAAAGACUGAAAGAACUCAAUGAACAAGAUUGUUCCGAAGAAGACAUUACUCUUGCCAUGAAAGAACUUGGAAUGGAAAGGGCAAAGCUUCAUGGAUGGCCAAACACAUAUGUUUUCACCAAAUCAAUGGGAGAGAUGCUUCUUGGUAACCAUAAAGAAAAUCUUCCUCUCGUCAUAAUUCGUCCCACGAUGAUCACUAGCACUUUUUCCGAACCAUUUCCCGGUUGGAUCGAAGGGUUAAGAACCUUAGAUAGUGUGGUUGUAGCAUUUGGCAAAGGAAGGCUUAAAUGUUUUCUUGCAGAUCCAAACUCAGUCCUUGAUCUUAUACCUGUGGACAUGGUCGCAAAUGCAAUGGUCACGGCUGCGACAAUACACGCAGGGAACUUAGGCUCUCAGACCGUGUAUCAUGUUGGCUCAUCUUUUAAGAACCCUAUCACAUUCGAACAGGUUCACGAUCUCGCGGCUCGCUACUUCACUAUAAACCCUCUUGUUGGACGCGAUGGUUCACCCAUCAUAGUCUCCAAAGGAACUAUCUUUUCCACCAUGGCUCAGUUCAGCUUCUACGUGACCCUUCGUUACAAGCUACCUUUACAGAUGUUGCGAGUGAUGGAUAUAAUCUAUCCAUGGUGGACUGGAAACAAAUAUAGAGACAUUGACCGCAAAAUUAAGCUCGCGAUGCGGCUGGUCGAGCUUUAUAGACCUUAUGUUUUGUUUCAGGGCAUAUUUGAUGAUUCGAAUACUGAGGUAAUGCGGUUGAAAAUAAAGGAGGCUAAUGAAGAAAUGAAUGGUUUGUUCCAAUUUGAUCCAAAGACUAUUGAUUGGGAAGAUUACAUCACAACCAUUCAUAUUCCUGGCCUCAUCACCUAUGUACUCAAAAAAUAA